UCUGAGCCUUUAAGUUCUGAAAAAAAAAAAAGAAAAAAAACAAGCAAGUUGUGUAGUUACAGGCAAGUCCUUUCCAACUUCGUCGUCCACACCAGAUUUGAGUUCGGAACCACCUGUUUCAGAGUCUUCAUCAAUAGAAUCUACAACAAUCUCUCAACAAAUUUUAUUUUCCCAGUCAAUAGAAGCACAACCGUCAACAUCUCAAGAUGAAUCUUACUUACAGCCUGUACCUACAGAAUCUUCCACGAAGUUUACCACCUUGUAAAAGUGAGCUACUACAGCAAUUUUUGCGAGCAAAUUAUAUAUGCGCUAUCUGGAACAAUGCUCAUUUGAAAAAACCAACAACAUAUGAACCAGUAAAUAAUGGUUGGAUUUUGGAAGAUGACCACUACCAGUUUAAAUGGUUUGAAGGGGAUCAACUACCGAAUUAUGUCAGUGAAUCGCUUAAAACCGUAUCAGAAGCAGGCGAAGAAGACGAUGUUGAUAACGAUGAAUCUAGGGAGUGGAGUAGCAGUGACGACGAAAAUGAAGAUAUCAACUACGAUGACAAUGAAGAAGAUUAAAUAUUUGAUUUAAAUAAAUUCAUUUUCCUCUAAAUUUUUUAUUA